AUGGUGCCGGAUGACGCCUCGGCGCUGAUACGAGCGGUGUAUGACUCCAAGCCCACGCCCCAAGUCUGCGUGUCUACUGCGGGGGCGGGAGGGCAAGCGAUAUCUUGGUUGCUAGGGGUCCCUGGAGCGAGCGCGUGCCUCCUAGAGGCGACGGUUCCUUACUGCUUCAAGGCUUUCGAGGACAGGAUGGCUGCAGGCUCGCGCGCCCCGGGAUACUGCUCUCGAGAGGCCGCGGAGGGGCUUGCACGAAACGCCUAUGCCCGAGCCGUCUCCCUGUGCGUCGCGGAAUCGCCCGACCGAGGGCCCCACGUGUUGCCGGACCGCCGCGUUAUCGCCGUCGGCUGCACGGCGGCGGUGUUGUCCUCCAAGCCCCGACGGGGGCCGCACCAGUGCUACGUCUGCGCGCAAACCGCGGACGGGCUGGCGCACUACGAGCUCACCCUGUCCAAGGGACGGAGAGACAGGUCCGGCGAGGACGCCGCCGUAAGCCGGCUUCUGCUCCAAGCGAUCGCGGACGCCGUGGGGGUGCCGGUGCCCUUCGGCUUCAAGGCCGACCACCUGUUGCUGGACGGCGGCGGCGGAGGUGACCUCCCGUCGGUGUACGAGGAGGAGGGGGUGGAGGCGGGGCGGGGAGCAGCGGCGGCGGCGGCGGCGGCGGCGGCAGGGGAGGUGGAAACGGUGGUAUCGACGGAGGUGGUGCCGACGGCGGACCUUGCCCACGACCCCGACGCCAUCGAGGAGCUCGUGGCCGGGAGGUGUGGAACGGCGUUGGUCGUGCCGAGGGACACCCGCGGGGCUACGAACGCCGCCGGCGAAGCCGUCGAAGCGGGGGCGCCGGUGGUCGUGCUGCGGGAAGGGGCGAUGGUCAGGGCGGCGCUUCCACGGGGGGCGACGGUGAUUCUCCCGGGGUCCUAUAACCCCCUCCACAGGGGUCACGUGGGUCUCCUAGAGGCCGCGCGGUCGCUGCUAGACGCCGAAAUCAACGGGGAGUCGAGGAGAGGGGAGACGCCGCAGAAGCCACGGGCGACGGACAAGGCUGCUGCCGGGUGGGGGAGGGAAGGAGAGCAAGGGGUUCAAGCGGACGAGGGCAUGGGGGCGGGGGCCGCAAGCGCCGACGGCGGGAGCGGGGGCUUGGACGUCGACGCCGGCGGCGGCGAUGUCGGGCAUGAGGAGCGGGAGAGGAAGCGUACCGCGGUGCACGGCAUCUUCGAGAUUUCGGUGUCGAACGUGGACAAGGGGGGGUUGGGGGUGGAGGAGAUUCAGCGGCGAGUCAUGCAGUUCAGCGAGCCUGGGGGUGUCGGCUGGCCUUACCCGGUGGCGGUGACGAAGGCGCCGCUAUUCUCAGAAAAGGCAAGACUGUUCCCUGGUUGUGCCUUUGUGGUCGGGGCAGACACGGCCAAGCGCAUCAUCGACCCGAGAUACUAUGGCAACAGCCAGGUCGAAAUGGUGUCUGCGUUGUCCGAGAUUCGGCACCUGGGGUGUUCGUUUAUCGUGGGCGGACGGGAGGACGCCGGGGGUCGUUUUUUGACCCUUGAUGGAGUGCUGGCGCAGAGCGGCUUACCGGAAUCCCUUCGAAGCAUGUUCCUUGGGCUGGACGAGUCUUCGUUCCGAGAAGACCUAUCGUCUUCAAGCAUACGGGCAGGUGUGGCCAGCCCUGGCCUUUGA